CCUACAAAAAGGAUGUGAGUCCUUGGACCCUUCCGGCUGGCUUUUGAUCGCCGAAGUCGAGAUCGAGAAAAAGCAGCAAUGUUAUAGUUGAAGGAUUCCUUUCAAUAUUUAGAUACGCUGCGCCUCCACCCACCUCUCCACCGAAUCUAUCGCGACUUCAUGUCUCCACCACCGACACCGACAGCUCACGCUCCACCACAUUGACAGCAUGCCUCGAAUACCGGAUCUGCUCUUCACUGAGUAUGGACACCUACUUCCUCGAGCCGGAAACGGCACGGGGCCUACGACAUUCCUUCGGCCAGUCUCAGACCAGCAAUAUGUGCUGGCGACCAGCUACCUUAUAAUUACGCCCAUUCUUCAACUGAUAGCAAUGUUCGUCUUCUUCGCACGGGUCUACACCAGAGCGCGUCCCACAUGGCGGUUUGGAAUCGAUGACUACGUCGUCUCGGUAGCCUUCGUGCUGAUGACCAUAAUGUGGGUCCUCCACUAUAACGUCGUAAGCUGGGCCUGGGGCUUCACCCACCCACCCUACCGAGACCUCUCCUCCAUCGAACACGCCGUCAAGCUCGGAACAAUCGCCCUCCCAUUCUGGGCCUGGGCCACCGGCCUCGUCAAAAUCAGCAUCGCCUGCAUGCUGCUCAAAUUCCAACAAGCGCGGCGCUGGCGCGCCUUCGUGUGCGCGAUCAUCGUCCUCAACGUCUUCCUCAUCGGAUUCAUGGGCGUCGCGAAUAUGUUUGCUUGCAUACCGUACGCAGCGAUCUGGGAUAUGACGGGGAAAUACAAGGAGACGAGGAAGUGCUGGGGCCGGGCAGCGAAUCUCGCGACCGUAUACGUGACGUGCAUCUGCAACGUGUGCUCGGACGUCAGUCUUUCCCUGGUGCCGCUUACCUUCCUGGGCAAAGUGCGCCGGCCGCUACGCGAGAAAGUGGUUAUAGGGACGCUCAUGGCGCUGGGACUCGUCGCGUCCGUGUUCUCGAUCGGCAGAAUGGUCAUCCAGCUGCGGAAAGACCACUUCCCGGAUAAGAGCGCGCAGGCCAUUCUCCAGGGCCUCCUGACGUGCCUCGAGGUACAGCACUCGCUUAUAGCGGCUUGUAUACCGAUGUUGCGCAGCUCGGCAAAUCGCUGGCUGUCGAGGCUCGGGCUGUGGCGCGGUUCCGUGGGCGAGGGUGGGACAUAUCAGCGGUAUGGGGAGGGCCGCGACGCGAGCGAAGGCAAAGCGGGAUCAAGACGUGUUAUGGAGCUGAAUGAAGUAUCAGUGGGUGGAGGUACGAUGCGGUCGGGCGCGCUAGAGUCGUCUCUGCGAGACAUCCGAGACUCGGCGCAUGAGUCUGGCCAGUUCAUCAUGGACCCGGUCACGGGCCGUAUCAUGCGCGUGACAGAUGUGAAAGAACAUGCGGAUUCGCCAAACGUCCACGACGAGUUCCACAUAGGCCCGGGGCAAAUUAUGCAGGACAAAUGGGAAUCGCAGAGGGAUAUUGGAUAUGCAUGGUAACGACGCUUGCCGGGUUUUUUGGGGGGUGGCGAAAAGGUCUCACGAGAUACAGGGAUACACAAGGGACAUAUACCACGGAUUGCAUUGCAUUGCAUUGGAUAGAUGUGGGUGUUUAGGCGUAAGGGCAUCCCACGAUGAGAGACUUUUCGUUUUGAUAUACAUUACAUGCUCACUAUCUUCGCAAUGUGGAUAUGGUAGUCUCCUUGGAUUAGAUCGAAGGAAUUGCCGCCUCUAAGCCAUCUCCGUAUCUUCGAAUAGAGAAUUAGGAUACUUCAGAG